AUGGAAUGCAGACAGAGCAGAGGCAGAGGUGGCACCUGGAGAAGAGGUGGUGGCCGAGGCGGGAACGACGGCGACAGUUUUGGCGGUGACCACCGGGGAAGAGGGAGAGGAGGCCACCAACGUGGCCGGGGCAAGAGAGACCACUACCGGGGCCGUGGACGUGGAGGGCCACCCCGUGCAGCGGACUUCCAUCACCGGGGUCAAGAUGACGAGGAUAACUUUCACGAGGAGGAUGACAGGAUGGAAGUUUUCUCCAGGAGGAAGCUAGAGUCAAACUGGGACCGUUAUGCAGAGUCAGAGAAGGAGGAGCCCACUGAUGACACGCCCGCUCACAGAGGGACCGACUACCAUGUCUUGCUGGAGUCUGCAGGGGAUUCCUUCACUCAAUUCCGCUUUUCAGAAGAAAAAGACUGGGAGAUGGACUCAUUUGCAGCCAGUCAGAUGUCUGCAGUGUUUGUAGACCUCCCUGCACUGGCCCAGAGCCUUCAAGAAGUGCCCCUCCAUCAGAGACUCAACCUGGAGGCUGAGCUGGUUCAGGUCUCAACACCAGUAGAGUUGCCCACUAUGACCCUCCCGCCUAAACAGGAGACGCCCAAAACUGCUGCAUUCACUCCUUCGUCCACAAGUUUCAAAGUCCCCAGCACCAACCACAAAGUCCCCGUGGCUUCAAACCCAGUGUCAGUAUCUGGACUGGACUCUCGGGUUUCCUCGAGUGCCGCCAAGCCACCAGUGGAUGAUGCUGAUGAAGAGCUGGACCAGCUGCUUAGUUUAGAGAAACCAGUUUCAGGAAACCAAUCUGUCAUGGUUGCUGAUGAGAAGAGUGAUGGUCCAGAGAAAGCGUGUGAGGAAGUGGCACCGGAGGUGAUAGAAGAGAAGAUGGAGGAGGUGAGAGACAAAGACGUCACGCCUCCCAAGUCUGCUUCCAUCAAACAGGAAAUGACAGAGGAGGACCUGGAGGACUGGCUAGACAGCAUGAUCUCCUGACAGUGUUGAUUAAAGAACAAAAAGAAGAGGUAUACAAAGGCACCUCAACAUUAGAAUUUAAAGAUGUAAAAAAAAAACCCCACUCCUGGUCGAUUUGGCAACACCUGGGGUUACCAUGGUAACAGAAAGUGUGGUUUAAUAGUGCAGCAAACACUGCUUGAGCUUCAGAAAUACACAAGAGCAACUGAUGCUUCAGUUUACAGAGCAGCCACAUUAACUUCUGUUUUAAAAAAUGCCAAAAUGACCAGUUGUCUUGAUGAAUGAGUGCGAUCAGUGUUAACCUCGGUGACUCCAGUGUUUCCUGUGACUGCUCCACAACAAAACACACACCAUGUUUUUGCCAGUUGAGUGCUCUUAUUGUGACAGCAGCAGUAAAUGUUCAGUUUGCAUCAGCGGUAACUUAAUUCUGCUCUGAUACAGUGAGGCUGUUUAUCUACGAGAUAACAUUAGAAACAGUAUUGCUAGAUAAGACACAUGCAUUGUGUCCUGUGAAUCCCUCGUGCAAAGAAAGGGAAUCUGAAGUCAGUGUGGGAAUGGUGGACUCUUGCCACCAACAGUAGAAACAAAUGUACAGCAAGAUAGUUACAGAAUGGAAAUGCAUUGAAUUGCUUUUGUCCCUAAAUCCCUAAAUAGUAUCCAAUGUGGAGACUAAAAGAUUAUGACUGAUUGAUGAUUAUUGAACCCAAUGAAGACAAUCUCAUUGGGUUCAAUCUGAUUUUAAAUCUUCUCUUUAAUAUCCACUCUCUAAACUGAACUUGAGGUGAAAUGUCUUCUAAAGACAUUCAGCACAAAAAAACAAUUUUUCAUGUUUACAUACUUGGCAGACACUCAAAGGACUUUAAAUUGAUGGAUUUUCUUUCAAUUUGGCUCGCUAUUCUUUGCUUAUUAACAAGUGGCGCUCAAGUUUUUUUUUUUUUGUUUACUCGGCUGAGUGAGGGACAAUAUGUUUGAAGGUGGAGGAAUGGGACAGAACGUCUCGGACAUCAAUGAGAAUAUGUCAAAAUGUUCCCUUUGCAUACUUCAGAAAAAGAAUCCUCUGUUCCUUUUGAGGUCGUGAAAUGCACACAUGGUGGGGAGUGUCGCCAUCAGACAGAUACCAGCUGCUAAAUGAGCGAUGGACAAACAGCCCACGGAUGACACGUUUGGUUUAUUGCGUCAAUUACUUUAUUCAUUUCCUCCCCCUCGUCAAAAGAAAUGCAUUUUUUACCAAAGCUACUACAUACAUACAAAUGGCCAUACAAUAGCAGUUAUCCAUUUUGUUGUCAAUAAAUCCUUGAACCAAGCUUUUUUGUUAUUUUGUUUUUUUUCUUUGCCUCUGCUUUGUGGGGUUCUUCUACUGUGGAAAGAAGUGCAGGCGGGCAGGAUACCACAGCUUGGGAAUAAAAACAAACUAAGCGACAUUUACACAAGGAUCAUUUAGAUUUUAUACAACAAAUGUUUUCUCUUUUUCACUUAAAAGCCACAAAACUAGCUCGAGCUAAAUCUGCUUGUAACUAAUCCAGAACUAGAGCACUGCUUGUGUCAGGAGGGACAAAAAUGAGUUCUCUUUGCAUAGUUUCUCAUAAGGCACAUCGGCACUUGAUAAACACCUAAAGUGAGUCAUCUCUGGUCCUGGAAGAACCAUCUUCUGUUAACAACUCAAGUCAUGUGACAGAUUUCAACCAGCUUUUU